AACUCAACUCUGCAGAGGGUCCAGAACAAGCGAGACUCAAAAAAUGACGUAAUUUGUAUACCGAACGGGCUAUUGAACUCCGCUGAACUAUACGAGGGCAGCGUCUGAUCGCUCAGUGGCGAUCAUUUGAGUGCAUUCAGUUUUAGGUUUGACAGAAGACACACAAAUUCUUAAUUCAUAUGCAAAUUAGAGUGUGAUCUUAUUGGCCACAUCAACUAGAGAAUGGCCCAGAUCAGGUAACUAAGAAUAGCAGAGAACAGAGAGAAAGCAAAUGGUGGGCAGCUUAAAUUGGGGUCUCUGACUUGAUUUGGGAAAUAGAUGCGUCAAAUAUUCUAAUGAGAAAACCGUUAGCAUCCAUAAAAGAUGCACUUUGCAGCUGCUCGGACUGGGUAUAUAAAGGUGCAGCCGUUGCAUCCAAUCAUAUUCCCUGAAUGAUCAUGGAACGGAGAGCAUCAUCAAUACUUUGGAUAGUGCUUUUCUCGUUGCUGGGCAGCGCAUUCACCUUCCAGGAGAAGUCGCCCCAAGUGCAGCCGCAUGUGAAGCAACCGCAGCAGGUACUCAGUGGCAGUGGCAAUGUGGAGAACUCCGUCGGGACGAAUCGCAACAUCGAUGAGCAACAAUUAACAUCCACCGGUAAGGCUGGCUUUGGCAACCACUUUAUAGGCACCAGCUCGAAGACUACAGCCAAACCGACAGUACAUCAUAAACACAAUUACUAUUAUACUUCAGAGGACAACCAGUAUCCUCGCCAGUACGGUCAACAAGCUUAUCCCUGGGCCGGUUAUCAUACUCAUCGCCCUCAGCAGCGCCCCUGGGUGCCGCCAUAUAGUCAAUGGCCCUACGGCUAUCCCUAUGGUUAUCCUGGCACUCCCGGCGUUCCUGGCACUCACGGCGUUCCUGGCACUCACGGCGUUCCUGGCUAUCCUAACAUUCCCGGCUAUCCUGGUCUACCUGCUUCUGGUUAUCCUGGCUAUGCCGGCUAUUCCGGUUAUCCCAGCGGCCCACGUUAUGCUGGCUAUCCGGUUUAUCCCGGCUAUCCCGCGUAUUCCGGCUAUCCCAGCUAUCCCGGCUACCCUAUCUAUCCUGGUUACCCUGGUUAUCCUUGGUUUCGCAACUCUGAAAACGAAGAGGUCGACGAAUCCCAAAUCCAGCAAGAAGUCGCCCAGCGGUCCGUUCCCGACACUUACCAGGCACGCGUCUUGGCCUCCACGACCAAGUUAAAUAGCAAUGUCUUGCCUCUCUACCAGCUGCUGAAUCUUGCUCGCGUUUAACCUUUGACUAUGAAUUGAAACGUACUCACUAAAUAAAAGAACAUUUUCGAAUUAUUCAAA